CUGCAGGCACUAUGAACCUUCUCUCCACAAAGGUCUCCUGGGCCGCGGUGUCGCUAGUGCUACUGCUGCUGCUGCCGCCCGCGUUGCUGUCGUCUGGGGUGGUCGCGCAGCCGCUGCCUGACUGCUGUCGCCAGAAGACGUGCUCCUGUCGUCUCUACGAGCUGCUGCACGGCGCCGGCAAUCACGCAGCGGGCAUUCUCACUCUGGGCAAGCGACGGCCAGGGCCCCCAGGCCUCCAGGGCCGGCUGCAGCGCCUCCUGCAGGCCAGCGGCAACCACGCAGCCGGCAUCCUGACCAUGGGCCGCCGCGCAGGCGCAGAGUCAGCGCCGCGUCCCUGUCCUGAGCGCCGUUGUCCUACCUCAGUCGUCGCAGCCGCAGCUCCCAGGGGACCAUCCGGAGUUUGA